AGGGAUAUGUUUACGGGGGCACGGGCCACCCCAGGCCUCCGUGUAGAACCGCCACUGCAUAGCCUACAAAUAGAAGGUUUUAAAAUAACCUAGAAUGUUAACUCAUUGGCUUCGACAAGAUACUUUUGAUUAGCAAUGGCAUUAGAGAGUUUGCUUAUGGUUUGGAUUCUGACAUCAUCUGAAGCCUUCCUGCUACGGGGUCCUGCUGGUCCUCUGGUAGCCCAGCUGGGAGGUUCUGUUCUUCUGCCCUGUUCUGCUGAAACCCCCUUGCCUCUGGAGGAACUGGAGGUGGAGUGGAGAAGGACAGAUUCAGAAGCACUGGUGCACCUGUUCCAAGAGGGGGAAGUUAGACCAGAAUCACAGAGUUAUGACUAUAGUGGCAGGGCCCAUUUUCUCACAGAGGGGUUUGCUGCAGGAAAUUACUCUCUGCUGCUCACUAAUGUGACCCGUGCGGAUGGUAGAGAUUACAUCUGUAAAGUGUUUACAAAUCUGGACUCAAACGAAAUCACAGCUGAAAUCAAAGAUAUUGAGCGCCUUGUAGUUACUGGGACAGGUGUGGCCUCUGCCUAUGUUGGUGAUGAGGUCACUCUGAACUGCUCUGUGGACUCCCAUAUCCCUCCUGGGGAACUGGAUAACGUCACCUGGAAGAGGAAAGACCAGGAGAUGUUAGUGCUAGUUUUCAGAUAUGAUCAGAUUGUGCCAGUCUCUGCACAUGAACUUUAUCGAGACAGAGCGGACCUCUUCACUGCUGAAAUCCCCAAAGGAAACUUCUCCCUGAGACUCAAACACGUCAGGCCUGAGGACAAGGGAGAAUAUGUCUGUGAAGCCCACAGUGGUCAUCUGUCAGCCAGCACCAUUAUUGUCCUACAGGGACUGGGACCUCCACCUGUGCUGAUCUUGGCAUUAGUGUUGUGUGUCAUUGCUCUUCUGUUGGCUCUUGGGCUUGGGGUUCCUUCAUGUAUCCAUUUAGUAUCAAACGGUAAGGACAGAAUAUACACUCAGUACCACUCAGGCCACUUUGAGGGCACUUUUUUAGUUACACCUUUCUAGUGCUGGAUAGUCUUCAAACAGCCUGAAUUCUUUGUAAUAUGGAUAAAAUGAUGUCCUGAAAACAUUCCCUCUGUUGACCUGAUAUGAUAGCAUGACAGAUUUGUGGGCUCAACAUUCAUGCUGCAAAUCUCCCAUCUAUCCACUACAUCCUGAAGGUGCACCAUUGCAUUUAGAUCUGAUGACUGUGUAGGCGUUAGGAGUACACUGAGGACAUUGUCUUGUCCAUAGAAAAUUCUUGUGUGUACUGAUGCUGGGGCGAUGAACAGCCACACGUGCUGCUGGCCCUUGAGCCAGAGUUGCCAGUUGUGUAGGAGAUAAUGUUUAUGCCUCAAGUCCAUAGGUUGUGGGGUUUUAAGACAACCUUUAUUUUAAGUGUUUUCAGAUUAAACUGAAUUGACUGCCUUUAGCAUAUGAAUGUCCUGUCUCCAGCGAUUGAUUUCUCCUGAACUGCUUAUGAUAAAAUCCUCAAAGCUGUAGGUGAUGAUGUGUAAUUGCUGUAAGACCUGAUGCUGACAGAAGACAAAUUCUAACAGUAGUAAGGAGUACAGGGCCAAUAUGUAUGCUUAGAAUGUAAUCAUUUUAAACUGUAAAAAACUUUUCACUCUAAAGUUUUUUUUUAUUUCUUUCUCUAACUUGACUGUAUGUUUUUGUUGAGUUUGCAGAAACCCCCAAUGAAGAUGUAG